AAAAACAAUAAUGGUUAACGCUAAACUUAGUAAAUUAUCAACAAAACACUUGAAAUAUUAAAUAAUAAGAAAGAUCAACCAUAGAUAAGACGCCUACAUAUAUGAAUUAUUUUAAUCAUAACACGUGGAAUCUUGAUUAUGUUCCAUAUUAAUUGUGUCGUGUUAACCUUAUUAACAGUGUUUUUAUGGCAAAGUAAUGGGAUAAAUGCCAAAUCAUCUUUGAAUAUAGAUGUUAACGAAAUAGAUUGUGAUAUAUGUAUGGGAGUAGUAUCUCUUGGAAAAUUGUUUCUUGUGUCACCAAUCAUGGAUAGUAUAAAGAAAAUGCUUAUAGAAAAACUAUGUUCAUUGCCCGGGAUUAUGACAAGAAGAUGUAUUCAUUGGGGAUAUCAUCAAGCAGACGAAAUAGUCUUUCAUUUCAUAAAACAAAGUUCAUCAAAACCAUGCAAGUAUCUUUCACUGUGUCCAAGGAAUAUUUCUCAAAGGUUAACGGGUUGAGUACAAAAGGAUGAAUUUCAGUUCAAUUUCUUUUCAGUAAAUAAUUUGAUAUUAAGGAAAUGGGAAUUCUUGUCACAAAAAUAUUUUUUAACUGAGAUGUUAAUAUUACUAUAGAUGAUUACAUGUCCACAUAGCACUAUAAUAAGCUUAUUUACUUGUCAUUAUGGGAAUUAGUGGAAAUUGUAGUAUUUUUACAGUUGAAUUAACGAGUUCAAGUGAGAAGCCGUGAUUACUGGAGUCUAGUUCAUGUCCGGUGUGAAAUAGUUAUCUACUUCAGACAAUGGAUGAAGGGCUGCGUGAGAUCGUGGAUCGAUUGGAGUUAAACAAUAAUACCGCAGGAGUCUAGAAGUUAAGUGUCUGCGUAUGACAUCGAAGGCUUUAGGUUUGAGUCCUGUGUGUGGGGUCAUGGAUGUACAUUGCUGAGGAGUCUCACGAUGGGACGAAAUGGUCGUUCAGUGCUUCCAGGUUUUUAAUGGUCGUCUAACUUAGAACUAUUUAUUUGUAUUUAUUUAUGUUUGAAUGCUUGAAAUGAGGCAAGUAGAUGUAAUAACAAGUUAUAGUCUGUCAAAUGGUCAGUAUGUUGUGAGCAGCAAUUACAACAGUACAUUUGUUGACAGUUAAUAAUCAUGAAAAAUGGGAUUUAUUCACUGUUGAUUUUGUUGUUACGUUAAGCUAAUUAAGACUAUCUCACUACCACAUUUUUCUAAACACUGAGUAAUGAUCAACGUCUUGUGUGUCAGGUUCUUUAAUACGUUUCAGUUUGAGGUUGUGAAGGUCGCCGAAUUUCAUUGAACUUAUGAACCGACUUAUGUUAGACCACUGUUAAAAACCUGAAAGCACUAGAUGUUGAAUUAUGAGCAACAUUAUACGUCAUUCAACCUCGCGUACACUACAGUUUAAUGUUAAGUGGUUGGAAUUUGUCGAUAAGAUACAUUUCAGUGGUUGGCUGAUUGAUCAGAAACUUAGACCCAUGGUUAUACACUUAUCUUCAAUCACAAUGCACAUAUCACUAGCUAUCACAUUAUCAAUAUCGGUUAUAUGAAACUAAGUUAGUUCAAUGUUGAGCAAGGAGGAAAACGUUUACAUCAACUGAAAGGAGAGUUUAAAUUUUUUUGUACAGAGACUUCUAGUGAACGAAUACUACUUAAAAUAUCCAACACUAACAAGUAAAACUUUUUCUGUUUAUACAGUGUAGUUACGGAAAUGAAAAUAAACACUGAGAGAGAAAAAUUCCAAAUCAAUUACUCUAUCAAAGUUGUGAUCAAAUAGAAAACGCUCCUUUCAAAUGAGAAUAUAGAACUCAUUGAAUAAUAUACAAUCAGAGGUUCAAACAGUAAAGUACACGUGAAAGUUAAGCAAUAAGAACAAGAAAAUAAACCAGAUAACCGACUCGCUACAUUAAAGAAGGGCGACUACGCAUUGGAAUACACCAACCGUAAAGUGGUCGAAUGUAGCCCUCAGCGGUGAUUAUCGUAAAGUUUCAAAUUACAACACAAAAAUCCCCAAGCAAUGUAAGGAACUAAGCAGAUUCAAUAGAGAUAAAUAUCAUACUCUGUUGCUAACCAGCUCAAUCAUAAUAAGAAACCGAAUGAUAAGUAAGAUAAAACAAGGCAAAACCUCCUGAUUUUUCUUUUCAAUUCGUGACAACAAUAGCCUGAGGUCAUGGAAUAAUGUAACGCUUUUAUUUAUAGAUGACACUGUGUGCAUGGGGCGAAUUUCAGUGGAUAUAUUAAAAAAACAAUGUAAAUCCAUAGUUUGUGUAACGGGUUUGCUAAUAUAUUUAUUCUCAUUAUUAUAAAAUGUCAUACAUAUAAAUCAAGAAGAACCAAAUUCAAAGGAUAAAAUAAACCCAUCCUACUUCAAGGCUUCUCGUCAGCUGCAAACAAUCAUUAGUUAAAGAGUAAUGUGAUUGGAAAUGUUGGUUUCAAAAACUUUACUUAGUUAGAUCAUGUUAGAAGCUAAAAUAAUGAUGUCAGGCAAAAAUUUUGUUGCUCUGUGAUCUGAUUCUAGAUCAGAAGGUUGCCUGUUCGAAUCACAUCAGACUCACCACUUUGGUGGCUUGUAUUCUGAGUACCUGUUUAAACGAAUGAGUGAGUAUACCAUGGAUAUAUAUCUUCCGUUUAACUCCGCAUAUUACACCUAGUAUAAUCUCGUUUGAGUGACAAUGGUAAUAAGAAACCAAAUACGGGUUAAGCUGGAUAGAUUUAUUUCAUAAUCUAGUUUACUUAAACACACAUUAAGAGGAGAAGCGAAGCAGAGAAGCCAAGCAUCCUAACUCAUUCGUCCAUUCAAAUAGGGAGUGCAAUCAUGGGCCGUCAAACAACGAAAUGAGAUGUUUAAAAUAGUUAAAACAUGACACUAUGUGUCUAGAAAAGAUAAUCAAGGUUGUUGAAGUUUAUAAUUGUAUUGGUAAGACUGCC